AUGCUUGCUGCUGACCUCCUCGACAAGAAUAGGCGUGUGUCGGCCGGCUUCAGUUCUCAGGCGACUACCUACGUCGCCCGCUCCAUAUUCAACCUCGAGGCGGCCAAUGCAUUGGUUGAGGAGUCCGAUAAGAGGACCAAAAGGAUCCUCGUCGUGGAGCGCGGCAACCUACUUUUCCCCACGCAUUCGCUCAAUAUGCCUCGCCCGACGAGCCGCGGAAACUACGGCCAGAUGAACGACCUGUUCUACAAUCACUUCAAGCAGAACUGGGAGAUGGACGACGACACGCGAAAGAUCUGGAAGGGUGGCCCGGUGUACUGCCUGGGUUGCCGCAGCACCGUUUGGGGCCUCUUUUCUCCUAGAAUAGACGACGACACCUUCCGGAACCACUUUCCCAAUGAGGUGUAUGAAAAUCUGACCAAGACAUACUUGCGCAAAGCCGAGGAGUGUAUGAACCUUUCGUACUCACGCACUCUUCCGCUGCACCGCGCGCUCAAGGACAUUCUCAAUAUUCGGCACCGUGAUGACAAACUUCCGACCACUCAGUGGGAAUGGGGACGGGUGGCCUCCCAGUUCAGCAACGAGAGGAACUUUGAUUUCUCAGAGGGCGCGUUUAGUACCGUGGACCGUCUUCUCGAGGCGGCAAUGGACGACCACUGCGGCCAUGGGAAGUUCAAGAUCCUCAUCAACUCGACUGGCUUCCGCCUCGAGCCCAAACCAAAGCCGGGCACGACACGUUCGGCCACCCACGUGGUUGUUAAAGAUUCGUCAGGAAAUUUGCACAACAUCUACACCAAAAAUGCAGUCAUCUGUGCCGGAGCUGUUGAGAGCCCGGCCGUUCUGUUGCGCAGUAUGCGCGGCGACUCGAUCGAGGAGACCUUCGGGAAGGAAUUUGCUCGCAACUUUGGGCACGUCACUGACCACCACAUCUUCUACGUGACGCUACCGUUCUACUACAAGGACAUGAACCUGAGGAGUCUUCUCGGUGGGGUGAAGCUUCAGACCAACAUCAGCUUCCGGGAUGUCCAAAUCGAUGACACUACUGCGCUGGCCAACAUCUCACUUGAUGCCUCCUCCUUUUUACCCCGGCGCAACAUCCCCGACUCUGAACUUCCGCAGUUCAUCAUUGCCUACAUCUUGCCCUCGAAGCUCUCGCGCGAUAACAAGAUUGAGCUUGACGAGGAAGGCCGGACACGGAUCAAGGUUGGGUACGCCAAGGAUCCCAACCUGGAGGAGAAGAAGGAAAUUCUGAAGAACUUUGCUGUCGACGCGAUGAACAAGAUUGCAUCCACUCUCGACAUCCAAUUCGUCCAACACAGGUUCAGCAUGGACAACUACACGAUGAUUGACAAGGUCACCAAGCAGGAUAUUGAGCUCGGCGAGCUCGGCCCGGGCGGUGUGGCGCACGAGUUAGGUUCCAUCCCGAUGCCCGACGCGGAGGGAAAAGACGGCCUUCUCGACGCAAACCUCAAGCUGCAAUACGGCUGGGACAACGUCUAUGUCUGCGACCUGUCCAUCUUCCCCUACUCGCCCGCCGCGAACCCAACCCUCUCCCUGACCGGCCUCUCUCUCCGCCUGUCCGAUCACCUGGUCCCUCCCAGGGAUAUCCGGUACCAGCCCAUCGUCGUGCACAACCUGUGCCGCGACACAGUGUACGUGACCAUGACGCUAUCCAGCAAGGCCAGCACGCAUUGGAACCCGCUUGCGUGUAGCGACGACGAGCGGGUGGAGAUUAAAUCGGGCACGAGCAUGACCUGGAAGCGCGAGCUGAAAGAAUCCAUAUUUGUUUACUCGUCCAAAGAGACCGAAAGCUUCGACGUGCAGAUCGUCCACCCGGGUGUUACGGCCCUGAUCACGGAGCCGCCGCCGGGGGCGCCGCACGCGGUGCCCAAGUCCAUGCCUACUAGGCGUGAUUCUGGUGUCGAAUUUCAAUACGUGUAA